AUGGAAAGAGAAAUUCAAGAAAACACGAGUCCAAAGAAAAGUGCUAAAGAAUCUACUAGUGGAUGCAUAUCUCAUGAUCAUGAUUCCAAUUUCAAUGAAGUUACCAACAACGACAAAUCAUGUUAUGUUUCAUCAUCAUCAUCAUUCCAUGCUACAACUCCAACAACACCUUCAAAAUCUUGUUCUAAAUCUAAUUUUAACAUUUUUGUUAGUCUUUACAAGAACAUCAAAGCUUCAUUGUCAAAACCUAUAGCUCUUUUAAGAAAAACAUGUUCUUGUUUUGAUAAACAUUCUUUGCAAGUCAAAGAAAACAACACUUCAACACCAAAAGCCUCUACUUCAACAACUUCAUCACCAACACCUCAAGUUCAAACUCUCUCACAAGACCAAAUUGCUAUAAAGUCAGUAAGUCACAAAACAACAUCAAAAGGGAAGUUGAAAAUAGAUGAUGAUGAUGAUGAUCAUAAUCAUGGACAUGAAAAAGAAGAUGAAGAUGUAGCUAGUGAUGCAAGUUCUGAUCUUUUUGAGAUAGAGUCCACACAAUCAUACCCUAUAAGACCUACUAUGAUAGAGUGCCAUGAGACUACCACUUCAAAUGUUUUAUGUGAUACUUAG